AUGAGGCAGGUGGUGGAUAAAGAGCUUUCUACUCGCUCUGGGUAUUGGUUGUUGAACAUAUGCAUAUCUUCUCUCUGCAAAGCCCGUAAGUUGGAGAAAGCUGAAGUGGUUUUAGUUGAUAGUAUAAGAUUGGGAAUCCUACCGGAUGUGGUAACAUACAAUAUACUUGUUGACGCAUAUUCUCGAUUCGUUAGCGUCGAUGGAUAUUCUAUUCUUCACAGAAUGAAAGCUGGUCUUAGUCCAAACGUUAUAACAUACAAUUCUUUGAUAUCUGGUGCUGCUCGGACAUUUAUAUCACAUUCUCUUCAUUUGUUUGAUGAAAUGCUUCAAUCAGGUUUACUUCCAGACAUAUGGAGUUACAAUAUGAUGCAUUGUUUCUUUGAAUUAGGAAAACCAAAUGAAGCCAUUAAGGUUUUUCAUGAUAUCAUACUCCUUAAUCUCUCUCCUUCCUCUGCAACAUUUAACAUUGUGCUACAUGGUCUAUGCAUGAAGGGGUUUGUAGAUAAUGCCUUUAUGUUAUUUAGAAAUUUACAGCACCAUGGAUUUGUUCCUCAAGUAGUUACAUACAAUAUCAUUAUCAAUGGGUUGUGCAAGGCUGGCAGACUGCAAACUGCAAGGAGGAUCCUUAAGGAGCUUCAAGAGUUCGGUCAUGUACCAAAUGCUAUGACGUACACUACACUUAUGAAAUGCUGUUCCAGAUCCAAGCAGUCUGAACAAGGACUUCAGAUAUUGUUGGAGAUGAAGAACAGAGGAUAUACUUUUGAUGGCUUUGCCUAUUGCAGGGUAAUUAGUUCUUUGGUUAAAACAGGUAGGGUAAAAGAGGCGGUGGACUACAUGGACCAGAUGGUGAAGAGUGGCGUGGACCUUGAUCUUGUGGCAUAUAAUACCGUAAUUAACUUGUACUGCAAGCAAGGUAAGUUGGAAGCUGCUUUUGAGUUGUUGGAUGAGAUAGAAAAAAGAGGUUUGGGAUGCGAUGAAUAUACCCACACAAUUAUGAUAGAUGGAUUGUGCAAGGCAGGUAAUCUUGAGGGAGCCUUGAGACAUCUGGGACGCAUGAACUUGCUGGGCUUUGGUUCAAACUUGGUUGCUUGCAACUGUGUUAUUGAUGCCUUGUGUAAAGCUGGUCAAAUUGAUUGUGCAAUGAAAUUGUUUGAAUCAAUGGAGAUUAAGGAUUCAUUUACAUACACCUCCUUAGUCCACAAUCUUUGCAAGGCUGGAAGGUUCCGUAGGGCAUCCCAGCUUCUGUUGACUUGUUUAAGAAGUGGCCUGAAAAUAUUGAAACCUGCUCAACGAGCUGUAGUUAAUGGUCUCAAUAAUUUGGGAUUGAAAAGAGAAGCGAAGAAACUUAGGUCCAAAAUUCGUGUGGCCAGGAUAUUACAUCACUAAUUUGACAAUUUACGUGCUGAAUAGUUGGAAGGCUUCUCUUAUAAUGUUGUUGACUUGGAAUCAGAGAUCCUUCUAUUUUAGUGUGGUUUGUAAAUGUCCCCUGUUGAAAGUUAACACAGGGCUGGUAAGACUUGAUCCAGGGGAUGAUAGUAAUGAAUCUGGGAAAUGGAUGAAUGACAGCCUAAAACCAUAUUUUCGUGCAUAUCCCUGGCAUUUGUUAAAUUGAAUGUCCCACUCUACCAGAAAACUUUUUGGAGUAUUGAGAAACAAGUUGUCUAAAAUAAUGAACAGUGCUGUUGACGUUCUAUUUUUUCUCAAUUGAACGUGUAGAAUUCUCACUGCAAUGAUAAUGGGAACUUUUUUGUUCUAGAAUGUACAUUAGAAGCAGCACAAAUCAUUGGAAACUUAACCAUGUAAGUUGUUGCUUAUUACUUGACUAUUUAUUUAUGUAAUGUGCUAAUGAGAUAGUUCUCUUAAUUCCUCUUUUUUGUGAUUAUUAUUGUAGUAAUGUCAUCUAGGUGGCAAUUUAACAUGGAAGUGGAAAGGUCCUAUACUUUCAACCAAAGGCUCAACUGUCUUAGUUCUAAUACUUCAAAUGAUUGUGGUGUGGGACAACUAAUUUUG